GCCUGGGGAGAGGGGUCGGGCCGAUGCCAAGCACAAACCCGGGCUGGGGAGGAAUGGGUGGGGAGGAGCCCUGAGGAGGACUUGGGGUGCUGGCGGAUGAGAAGCUCAACAUGAGCUGGCGACGGGAGCUCGCAGCCCAGAAAGCCAAGUGCAUCCCUGGGUGCAUCCAAAGCAGUGGGGCCAGCUGGGCGAGGAAGGGGAUUCUGCCCCUCUGCUCCCCUCUUCUGGAACCCCACCUGGAACCCUGCGUCCAGUUCUGGAGUCCUCAGCACAGGGAGGACAUGGAUCUGUUGGAGCGAGUCCAGAGGAGUCCGCAGAGAUGAUCCAAGGGCUGGAGCACCUCCUGUACAAGGACAGGCUGAGAGAGUUGAGGUUGUUCAGCCUGGAGAAGAGAAGGCUCCAGGGAGACCUUAGAGCAGCUUCCAGUACCGAAAGGGGUCCAGAAAAGCUGCGGAGGGGCUCUUGAUCAGAGAGUGCAGGGAUAGGACAAAGUGGAAUGAUUAUAAGCUGAAAGAGGGGAGAUUUAGAUUAGAUAUUAGGAUGAAAUUUUUUCCUGUGAGGCUGGUGAGGCAGCGGCCCAAAUUGCCCAGAGAAGUGGAUGCCCCAUUCUUAGAGGUGUUAAAGGCCAGGCUGGAUGAGGCUUGAAGCUUCCUGAUCCAGUGGGAGGUGUCCCUGCCCAUGGCAGGGUGUUGGGACUGGAUGGGCUUUGAGGUCCCUUCUGACACAGACCAUUCUGUGGUUUAUGAUUGUGCGCCUGGGGACUUCACUGCGGAGAUGAGCUGGCAGCAGCGGGGCAUGAGCUGUGGGUGUCCUUGAAGGUCUUGCAGGCUUUCAGGCUCUUCUGGGGGUGCUGGCUCCAUGAGCCCAUGCUCCCUGUCACCCUUCUCCUGUCCCCACCAUGAGAGUGGCACCUAAGAAGAAAGUCGGGAAGAAAGCAAAAGGGAGCGAUGCUCCAGCAGUGGUGGAUGCCUUGUCCCCAAAGGAGAUGAACAGGGAGCAGCUGGAGAAGCAUGUUGAGCAUCUCAGGCAGGAGCUGGACCGGGAACGGGAAGAGCGCAGUUAUUUCCAGCUGGAGCGUGACAAGAUUCACGCCUUCUGGGAGAUCACCUGCCAGCAGCUGGAGGAGAAGAAGGCAGAGCUGCGUAACAAGGACCGGGAGAUGGAGGAGGUGGAGGAGAGGCAUCAAGUGGAGAUUAAGGUUUACAAGCAGAAGAUGAAGCACUUGUUGUCUGAACACCAAGCAGACCUCACUGAGCUGAAGGUAGAGGGCACCCUGUCCAAGAAGCUGACCCAGGAGGAUCACUUGGUCCAGGAGAUGAAGCUACAGAAAGACACGCGUUUCUUGCAAGUGAAGUUGAGGGAGCAGGAGCUGGCCCAUGAGACACUGAUGAAAAACAUGCAGCUGACGCAAGAGAAGGAGAUUAUGCGGCUGCGCAAGGAUUUUGAGAGACAAGUGAAAGAUAUUGAGGCCAAGUACACCGUUAAGUUGCAAGUCCUCCGGGACGAGCUUGACUCGCGGAGGAAGGUGGAGAUCUCUGAGGUGGAGGAGAAGAAGAACAGCCAUAUCAAUGAGCUGAUGAGGAAUCACGAGAAGGCCUUCCGUGACAUCAAGAACUACUAUGAUGAUGUCACACACCGAAACCUGGAGCAUAUCAGCUUUCUGAAGGAGCAGGUGAAGGAGAUGAAGAAGAGAGAGAAUCCCUUGAAAAAGGAGAGGGCAGGGUUGCUGCUCCAGAACAAGCAGCUGAAGGAGAUGCUGGAGCGGGCCCAGGAGCAGGUGUCUGAUCUGCAGAAGAAGUUGGCUCGCUGUGAGGAGGACAAGGAAGCCCUGAAGAACGCUAAAGGCUGUCUGAAAGUCACCCAGAAGGAACUGAAGGAUCUUCAGUGGGAACACGAAGUGCUGGUGCAGAGGUUCAGCAAGGUGCAGGCGGAGCGGGAUGAGCUCUAUCAGAAGUUCACCAAAGCCAUUAAUGAGGUACAGCAGAAGACAGGCUUCAAGAACCUGCUCCUGGAGCGCAAGCUGAAGGGACUCCACACCAUCCUGGAGAGAAAGGAAGUGGAGCUCAGCGAAGUCUUGGCAGCCUCCAAACUUGACCCGGGUGCUGUCUCGUUGGUCUCACGGAAGCUGGAGGAUGAGCUCGGUUCCAAGGAUGACGCCAUCAAGGACCUGCAGCUCCAGCUGGCCCGAGUCUGCAAGGCGCACAAUGACAUGCUGCAGGUGUUCCAGGGAAAGCUGGCAGCCUUUGGGAUCCCCCUGGACAGCCUGGGCUUCAAGCCUCUGGAGAGCCCCGUGCUGGGGCAGGAGAUAGGGCAGGGCCCUGCAGGACUUGUUUCUGUCCCCAGCUGACGCUGGCUGGCACUGAGGGAUCCGCUGUGCUAGGCACGGAGCCGGGCUGUGCUUCGUGCUAUUAAACAUACCCCAGUGAGCCUUUUGCAGGAUGUGGAGGACUUCCCCACUCCUGCCUGGGGGGACACCAGCCACAGGCAGCAGCUGGCUGACUUGGCUCUGACUGCGUGAUGCCAGUGCAGCCCAGGACCACAGCUCAUCCCAGAGGGCUCCCAGCAUCCCACCCGCUGGACCGGACCCUCCUGCCUCCUGUGUUGCCCGCAG